CAUCUCUCCCCAGCCAACCCAGGUGGCUGCCUCUGCCUCGAACGUUUCCAAGUGACGUAGAGCCCUACAGGCCCAGAGGCCCCUCUACACUUCCUGUGUGGGGUUCAGAAUCUCGCCUCCCCUCCCAGCCCUAGGUGCCUGCUUCGGAAAAUGAAGUAAUAAGCCACCGGCCUCCGCCAUCUUAGGUAGAAUAAGGAUCCAUCCAGUGAGAGAAGGAUGCAGUCCGGGAAACUCUGGAGAAUUCUGGGACUCUGUCUCUUAUCAGUUGGCGCUUGGGGGCAGGAAGAGCCUGAGGAACCUCUGGGCGAAUCGACAGCUCCACUUCUGAGAGAAGGGUAUAAAGUCUCCAUCUCUGGAACCAGGGUAGUGCUGACGUGCCCUGAGGAAGCUGAAGCUGAAAAUCUAAAAUGGGAAAAAGAUAAUGUACUUUUAACUGAUUUUCAUGGAAAACAGCUCUCUGUGGAGCAUUUUUCAGAAAUGGAGGACAGUGGUUUUUAUACCUGCUAUGCAGACCACUCAGAGAAGAACUAUCUCUACCUGAAAGCAAGAGUGUGUACGAACUGCAUGGAGGUGGAUCCGAUGGCAGUGGUUGCAAUCAUCACAGCGGACCUCUGCAUCACCCUGGGCUUGCUGCUGCUGGUGUAUUACUGGAGCAAGAACAGAAAGGCCAGUGCCAAGCCUGUGACGAGAGCAACGGGUGCUGGUGGCAGGACUAGAGGACAAAACAAGGAGAAGCCACCACCUGUUCCCAAUCCAGACUAUGAGCCCAUCCGGAAAGGCCAGCAGGACCUGUAUUCUGGUCUGAAUCAGAGAGGCAUCUGAUGGCUGCUGAGGACACCGCCUCCUAUGGGCCCAGGUCUGGCUUCUCCGGGGCCUGCUACUCCCUGCACCCUGGGUAAAUCCUGGACGCCAGAAGAGAAUUGUUCCUCUGCCUUCUGGAGAACUCACACCCUGCAGCCUUGUCCACAGCUCCCUCCAUCCUGCAUUCUCUGCUGGCACCCAGUCCUAGGCUAUCACUGCCUCCUCAUCCUUGUGAAACAUCAUGGCUCCUCAUGCCCUCACACCCGGACUGCCCUUUUGUCAGGGUAUUUAUUUCUAUUAUUCACCCCCCACCACCACCAGUUCCUUCCCACCCUGCAGAUGUCCCUGCUUCCUUUCCUUCCCCUUUUCCUGGGCAGAAUUGCUCCCGGCCCUAACGAUUCCGUCUACCUUUCCGUUUUUCCAGCUCUCUCUUUGACGACCCUUUGUGGGGAUGGACUGGGUAACUCUGGCGGGGGUCCUGCCCCAUUCACAGACCCUGGCCCAGAGCCAGCCCACUGCUCCCUACCCCAGGUCUUCCCUGCACCCCUGGGUGAUCAUUUGCGUCUUCAUGAAUAGGUUAAGCUCCCUGUCAACUGAGAGAGAAAAGAAAUAAAUGUAUUUGGCAGAAAGA